CUGUACGCUUUGAAGACCCACGCUCCAUCAGUACAGGCGAGGCACUGUGCCACGAAACACACACACACACACUAUCCAUCGAACGUACAGUUCCCCCCGCCACAGAUGAAGGUCUUACUGCUCCACGUUUCCUUGGUCUUGCUCCUUGCUGGGUCAACAUGGUCCCAGUGUAUACAAAGAUCUUACCGGAAUGUGAAUGACUGUUUGGCCAAGAGGAUAUUUGCCCCGGUGUGUGGAACCGACGGCUGCACUUACCCCAAUGAAGACGUUCUGAACUGCGCCGUGGCUGAAGACCGGGCGAAUUUACCAGAAGACCAGGUGGUUCGAAUCGCCUUUUUCGGAAGGUGUGAAGACAAGGUUUCCAGCGUUGCACUGAAUAUGAAGGAGGGCGAGGAGAGGUCGAAGGAAGGAGAGGACGAGAUGAAAGAAGGAGAAAAGGCAAUGACCGAGGGAAUGGAAGAGGAGAAAGAGGAAGGAUCCUCAAACAGACUUUUCCCGUGAACAUGGCAUUGCGCUUUUCGACCGUCACUUUUAUCCUCCGAAUUUCUCUACUGCCUCCCCUUCGCUUUCUUUAUGAUAUUUAUUGUCUGUUUUAUCUCUGAACUCCGAGCAAUGUAUUUACAUUUGAAAGUGUGAAUCUUCACCGAUGUAUCAUAUAUAUACAAGUAAUAGAUAAUAUUUUGUUCUC